GGGUACAGAGUAAUGCCAAGCAUGGAGCUGAGAAGAAUGAGCAGUAGUUCCUGUGUGUGGCUGCCGGUGUUGGUCCUGCAGUGCUGCUUCCAGCUCAGCGCUUCUCUCAUCUACUGGAGUGCUUAUGUGGAGCUCAGAUACUUGGACAGAUGGACAAAUGAAACAGUGGGCAGUAUGUGUGAGUGUGGUGUGUUUGGAGCACACUCGCUCCUGGAAUCUGCUUCUGGGGGGAUUGUGCUUCCUAAUGCAGAUCCACUGGCAUGUUCCAGGAAUACCACCUUCACCGCCCCUCACGAGCCGUGGAUCGCCCUCAUCAAAAAAGGGAAUUGUACUUAUACACGGAAAAUCCUGGCCGCCCGGCGAAAUGGAGCCUCCGCUGUGGUAAUUUACAACAUAGAUGGGACGGGCAACAAUACUAACAUUAUGUCCCAUCCAGAUGCUGAUGGUGUAGUUGCCAUCAUGAUUGGCAACAUUCAGGGCACAGAAAUCACCAACCUGAUCAAGAGUGGCACAUAUGUGUAUAUGAAAAUAACAGUAGCCAAUCCUUACGGCCUGUGGUCUGGCGCUACAUGGGCAUACGCGCUGUCUUUUGCCUUCAUCGGAAUUACAGCGAUCACCCUGUUCUAUUUCGCUUUCCUGUUUAUUAAACGAAUGUACAGAAACCAACAACUUCGAAUGCAGCUGAGAGAGAUGAAACGAGUGGCUGAAAGUGCAAUAGCACAGUUAGAAGUUCGGACUUUGCGGAGAGGUGACCCGGAAGUGGACUCAGAGGACACGAGCUGUGCUGUAUGUACUGACUCAUUCCAACACAAUGAAAAGGUCACAGUGCUGCCCUGCAGGCAUCUCUACCAUAAGAAGUGUAUUGAGCCAUGGCUUCUGGAACACCCGACCUGCCCCAUCUGUAAAUACAACAUCCUCAAAUCUAAGAUGGAUGAAGAAAGCAGUGAGCAGCGUUCAUCAUCAGACGUGAGCUUCUGUCCCCCUGUAGUGAUGACAGUCACAUCAACACAUCAACGCCACACAUCAGAUGUCCAGACUGCAGAGAAUCAUGUGUACUGUGAGAUGGGUGUUCAGACACAGCAUAUUUAUGAGAAUCCAGCAUUUGAAGAUGAACCACAGACCCUGGAACAUCACAACAUCAACAAUCAAAUGUAGGACUACUGGCAGAGAUAUUUACGGGAUUGUUUCCAAAAAUGAAUAUUCUGUCAUAAUUUACUUAGCCUCAUGUUGUUCCAAACCUGUAUGACUUUCUUCCCUCUGUAGAACAACAAAUGGAAAAGUUUAGCAGAAUGUCCAAGCUGUUCUCUUCCAUACAAUGAAAGUGGGAAGGGACCAGGACCGUCACGCUCCAAAAACUACAAACAACACCAUACAAAUAUCAUACCAGCUGUCAAUAUGAUUAUAUUCUGAAUACUACAGUUCCAAGUCUUCUGAAGCCGUACAAUAGCACUGUGUGAGGAACAGACUGAGAUUUAAGUCAUUAUUCACUGAAAAUCUUGCCUUGGAAAUCUUGUAUGGCAGCUUGUAUUGUAUGGAAUCGAGCAGCGUGAGCAUUCUGCUAAACAUCUUUUCUGUAAAACAGAAGAAAGUUAAAAGAGGUUUAAAUGUAGCUUCAAUAUCACGAACAAAAAAUUAUGUGUGAAACUGUUUUUGAAAAAUAUGAAAAUGGGAUGUUUAAAAUAUGACAACAGACUGUUGAGGCCUGCAGCUGCUGGAGUCUUUCCCUUCUUGAAAGAAGUCUGAGGUUUAAUAUUAAUUGCCUCAAUGACAGAUUUCUGAACAGGGGCUAGCUGGUCUAGCUUUCCCAGAUUACACUGAUGUGUGUUUUAAUUACUAUAUGAAGAUUUAAAAAAUAACCAUUAAUAAUUAUAAAGAUUUGACAUAAAUACCGGUGCAAUUCAAUUGUUGGACUUAAACAGUGAGUUUAGUCUUUCUAUAUCCUCUGAAACAAUGAUAUAAUGUGUAAACAGAACAGUUUAAUGCAGUUAUUAAUAUUCCGUUAUAAUAAUAACAAUAAUCCAUCCAUUUGAAAUAUGGUGUGUGUAAUUGUACUGCUACAGCAGAUUUUCCAUUUUUAUCAUCACACUUCCUCAUUCAUCAUCCACAUCAUCGUUACAUUCAUUGAUUCAGAUAUACUUUAUAUGUAUAAUCAACUAUGUGAUUGAUGUUUCACUGAAUGUAAAAUAGUCAGACUGUAUUAGCUGCAUUGACCUAUGCAUGUUUUCCAUGCCAAAACAACAUUAAACAUAUGUUAAAUAUGUAUCAGGCAUACAUAUUUUGUGUGUGGAUACACAAAUUACAAUGUGAUUAUUUUUUUUAAAUGAAUAAAUCACUGUUAACUAAAUGUUGAAUAAAUAAGUUAAACUACAGUGUAUUCAUUGAUAACACUGCUCUAAGUAAAAGCAAAUACUAUGACUGAUUUCCAAACUUUGACCUGUAGAAAAGAUUAGUGUAAUCAUUGAUGUGAAAAACUGAUUUUAAAAACUGUACUUAGUUUUCCCAUUGCUUAUUCAAAAUGCAGGAUAUUUUGGAAACAAUAUUGUUUUAUGAAAUAUAUCACCAUUAGAUAAAAAAACCUUAAAUUUGGACCAACGUUUAAGUAAAAAUGGAGGAGAUUUGGCAAUUUUGUAAAAGUGCAGUAAUAAAGUAAUACUGUGUUUUGUUAUUUUCUCCCUCAUGUCUCGCAGGUGAAGCUGGCAUGCAUGAUCAGUGUUUCCAUGGGAACAUUGAUUGUUCCCAGGGAAACGCUGAUCAUGCCACUGAUUAGCAUGCUAGCAACACCUGUUCCACUCUAAUUCACUCCCUACUUAAACCCUUCGUGUUCUCAGUGUCUUUGCUAGAUUAUUGUAUGAUGUCAAGCAAUUAACAUUGCUCUCUUGCCUAGUUGGGCCUGUCUCUGCCUGUGUGUCGGAAGUGUGUUUACCUUCCAGCUUGCUGUACGCUUGUUCUUUGCACCCACGGAUGCCAGCGGAGGAUUUCUCAUCUCUGCCCACGUGUUGGGAAUGUGAUUGCCUCCAAAUCGGCUGGGUGUUUUCUGCACCUCACUAUGCCUCAACUGAGAUUUCCUACAGAUCUGCUCCUGACUUCCACAAUGCAUACACUCAUCUACGAACCCACUCUUCCCUGCCCAUUAUGCUUUUUUUUUUUUUUUUUUUUAAACUGCACACAGGUGAGACUCUUUCCCUCUGCUGCAGCCGGUGCCAGGGUCUCCAGCCUUU